AUGAUACGACAACCAAGUAGCGUGAUUAUUGCCGGACCCUCGGGCAGUGGCAAGAGCGACUUGGUGGAACAAUGGUUGCGGUACCUGAACGUGUUUCAAGUGAAACCCAAAACCACGGUGUAUGCGUAUGACCGAUGGCAACCCAGAUUCGAGCGUAUGCAAAAAGAGGAUGGCAUUCGAUUUCAUCGCGGGUUACCGGACCCUAGUCAUUUGACAAAAUGGUUUGGCCCCACGCGAGGGGGUGUGUUGGUCUUGGAUGAUCUAAUGGAAGAAGGGGGACAAGACAAACGCGUGUUGGACUUGUUUACCAAAGAUUCCCAUCAUCGCAACAUUACCGUGCUGUAUUUGACGCAAGAUUUAUUUCCACCCGGUAAAUUCUCCAAGACAAUUAAUCGCAAUGUGCAUUACAUUGUGACCUUCAAAAACCCACGAGAUCAAACGGGCAUAAGGACCAUUUUACUUCAAGCCUUUCCUGACCGUUGGCGUCAAGUCUUGCGACUAUUUAAUCGUGUCACAUCGCGCCCUUUUGGUUAUUUGAUGUUGGAUGUGCAUCCUGCCUCGGAUGAUCGUUACCGUUUGUGGAGUCAUUUAACACCCCGAGAAGGUAAAGCGCAAGUGCAUACCUUGCCCUCGGAUGUCCCUUUCGUUCGAAAACGCACUGCAACGAGAACGCGAACGUCAACGUCGGCAAAGAGAAGGAGGACAACACACUGAAUUAUCAACCCGUCUGAAUACCUGCACUCUGUCUCCGAUAGAUGUGGAUUUACCGUCAGCACCACCACCUUGGAAAAGCGUAAAAAAGAAAAUAGUCCUUUCACCUAAUGUGAGGUUCGACGAACAGUUAGCAACGCGCCGAGCCUUGAGACUAUAAAAACGAGACACGUCGUGAAAAAGGUUCAUCAGAUGUUGUACAACCCAUCAUGCCACCCAAACGCAGACGACGGCGACGAAAGCAACGAGGGGGUAUUCUCCCGUUCCUCAUUCCCGCUGCCAUCGCUCUCGGCAAAGCGGCAGCGCUAGGAGCUGUUAGUGGCGGUGCGAGCUACGGUGCCAAAAAAGCUAUCGACGCGGCUACGCGCAAGAAAAAAAAACUCAGUCCAGCCCAAUUAGCGGCCAAUAAACGACACGUUGAGCGUGCGUUAAAACGCACAGGAUGGGCUUUCUAAACUCCAUGCACGUUAUAAAAAGAAAUGAAAGGGUUUGAUAAAGACUCCAUUGAAUGAUGGUACCUGCACCAACUAGAGGCCGAAAUGGUUAGCUCCCCAGAAAUCGAUGCUGGCAACAUGGAUUGCAACGUGGAAGAGUGCUACUCGUGUUGGCGAUGGCUCUCUCGCCUUGCGAGGUCAAGAAACGCACAUGGGUGUGGAAAGGUUAGAAGCGAUGCAGUGCUCAGAAGAAGAAAAAAAGGUUCUAACGAUUAUUUUUUACAGUGCGACAAAAAUUUUGAAGACCAGUUGUGUCAACAGUAUCGCGACCACAUGCAACAAUAUUAUCAUGGGGAACUGUGUGGAGCACUUUUUACCAUAAAUAGACCUUCGGUGGAUGACCCAAAGCAACAAUCACACCAUGGAUUGGCGCAUGGAACGUCAAGCUCCGUUUCUGAAGAGUGUGUUGCGAGAAGCGGACAAUCAUAAACGACAAGAAUUGUUACGGAUGGCCAAUGCGGAUCAAAUUAAUGCCAUCAGUGAAUUGGUCAUGAACACGAUCCGCGGAACCGUGCCCCGUUCUCGACACACCAUCACUUUGCUGAAACCCCAUGCUCAGAGUUUAAGAGCCAUGGCCAAACCGGCUCAUUCGGUCAAACGUCGACGCGCUAUCAUGAUGUCUCAAAAAGGCGGCACUCUCUGGUCCGAACUCUACCGAUGCUAUAAACGUACCAUGCGUUAGACAUUGUACCUCAUUUACACCAUGGAGCAAGAGAUGGUGAGCACCUCUGUGGACAAUGCUCCGGCUUUUUUACAAUUACGAGACAAGUACAAACAAGAGUUGGUGGAAGAUACUCGCUUGACCAAAGCGGCAGAUUUAGCUGCCAAACAACAUGUGCUCUUGACCAGUGAU